ACGAUCAAUAGUAGUUGAGCUUUGAUCAUUUUGUGUAUAUAUCAUAAUGUCAAAUGUGUGAUAUUCUCUUUCGGAAAUGGGAGAUUUAAACAGUUUGUCUCAUUUUCUAGCUAAACUUCUGAGACAUGAAGCUAAAAAAAGAGGUUUGGAAGUAACACCAGAGGGUUAUGUCAAUAUAGAGGAUAUUCUUGAACUCCCUGAAGCACGGAGAUUCUCAGUGUCUGACGUAGAAGGAAUUGUAAACAGAGACGGGAAAGGGCGUUUUGGUUUACGAACUAGAAAUGGCAUGAAACAAAUAAAAGCUACUCAAGGCCACACUAUGAAGCUGGACAAACUUGAGUUGACACCAAUCAAUCGUCAUACGGAUGUCAGGACUGUUCUACAUGGUACGAGAAAAAUGAAUUGGCAGUCCAUAAAGACAGAGGGAUUGUCAAAAAGAGGAAGAACUCACAUUCAUUUCGCUGCAGGGGAAAAUGUGCAAAGCGGAUUCCCACCACGAUGUGAUAUGGUUAUAGAAAUAGAUCUACAGAAGGCAUUGGCAGAUGGCUAUAAAUUUUACAAAUCGGAAAACGAUGUUAUUUUAAGUGAAGGGAAUGGUAAUGGUGUAAUACCACCAAAGUAUUUCAAACGUGCAUACGACCUCCAUUCUCAUACAGAUAUCUCGUUACAGUGACUGCAAAAGAAAUUUGAUUCAAUCAUUUCAUAUCAAUGCCUCGAAACUACGUGACACAUUUUGUGCCUUCUGUUUAUGGAUUUUUUAUCCACAAGCUGGGACGGAAGAUAACUGUAUCAUUCUGUCCAAGCUACAGCACACUUGUAAAUAUAUCACAGGUUACGGUAUUAAAUGAAUUAUAAUCGGUAUGUGCACCGUAUAGGUAUUAAAUGAAUUAUAUACGGAUCAUGUACCGUAUAGGUAUUAAAUGAAUUAUAUACGGAAUGUGUACCGUAUUUUUAUCAGAUUAUUUAUAUACGGAAUGUGUACCGUAUGAUGUUUAAAUAAAUAGUGCCAUCUGUGAUUAUUUAUACAUUUAAACUGCAAGACGUAAUUUAUUUUAAUAACUACGAUGUAUAUUUAGUGCCAUAUGUAAAUAGUUUAAUCAUUUUAAACUACUAGACACUUUUUUAUUUCCUCCUUUUUAUAUUUCUAUCUGCAUAACACAUUUUAUGUCACCUGUGAUAGUUUAUUUUCCUUUGAACUACGAGACACAUUUUGCGUCAUCUGUUGUUUAUACUUAUACUUUUAAACUUCAUGACCUAUUUAUUGUCAUCUGUUAAACGGUUCUCCACCGUGGAACAUAAAAUUUGAAAUUCUUUCAUAGAUCAACUGUGGCACUUAAAGCGGAAAACACGCAACAUAUGAUAAAGACAUUUACUUAGAAUUAAACUGAAAACGGCUAGCUUAAGUGUGAAUCUUCGUCUGAUUUCAGUUAAAUGCGUUUAAAUGCUUUCUUAUUUUUAUCAUUUUAAUAGCAAUAAAAUCCUUAUUUUUUUUUUGGAAAACGACAACAACAACAAAAUAUGAAAAAAAAACCAGUCCAUUUGCGUAAAAAAUCUCAGUGUAGUCUCUUUUAAUAUCUACAAAACACAGUUAUUGUCAUUAUGUGGAUACUUAAUUAACUUAAAUGUCAUUUGUUUGUAUCUAUUUAUACCUUUUCUUACAACGAAAUACCUUUAUUAUUGAAAUUUGUUAAUUGUUAUACUUUUAAACUUCGAGACACACAUACCUACUUGUGCCUUCUUUUGAUAGCCAAACAUUUUAACUACCACAUUUAAAUUCUAUUAAGUAUUACUUUAUGCUGUUAUAUGAUAAGCUCUUUUUACUGAUUUUUUUUAUUCUAUGAAGUUAUUGUUAUUCUUGUGACUUUGUGUAAAUGACUGACAUUUUUAUCUGUAAUAAAAUUCAUAUGUAUGCUA